CUGUUCCUACGCCUUUUCCACCAAACGUUGAAGUCAGCUCACGUCGGUGCUCAGGGUGCUCCCGAGGACUGGUGGUGCUGGAAACAAACGAUAGCAUCUUCUUUUGUGGCCUGACAUUCAUCACCAGGUGGAAUCGGUGCCUCAGCCAGGCAACAUGACGGUGCCGUCGAAUAACCUGUCGUGCCAUCACUCCAUUGAUGACUUCCGAAACCGAGUCUACUCCACGCUCUACUCCAUGAUCAGCAUUAUGGGCUUUGUCGGCAACAGCGUUGUGCUGUACAUCCUCAUAAAAACAUACCGGCAGAAGACAGCCUUCCAGGUGUACAUGCUGAACCUUGCCAUGUCCGACUUGCUCUGCGUGUGCACCCUGCCCCUGCGUGUCAUCUACUACGUCCACAAAGGGAACUGGUUCUUCAGUGACUUCCUAUGCAGGGUCAGUUCGUACGCGCUGUACGUCAACCUGUAUUGCAGCAUUUUUUUCAUGACUGCAAUGAGCUUCUUCCGCUGCAUAGCCAUUGUUUUUCCAGUCCAGAACAUCAAUUUGGUAACGGAGAGGAAGGCUAAAUUUGUCUGCAUCGGCAUCUGGAUUUUUGUCACCCUGACAAGCACUCCCUUUCUGCAAAACGGGACAUACCAACAUAACAACAAGACCAAGUGCUUCGAACCCCCAGAAGACUCUCAGAAGACAAAUCUAGUGGUGAUCCUGGAUUUUAUUGCCCUAUUUCUGGGUUUCAUUUUUCCCUUUAUUGUCAUAACCAUCUGCUACACCAUGAUCAUAAGGACCUUACUGAAAAAUUCCUUGAGGAAGAACCAGGCUAACCGCAAGAAGGCGGUCUGGAUGAUCGUCAUCGUGACGGCCACCUUCCUGGUCAGCUUCACCCCAUACCACAUUCUGCGUACGAUCCACCUCCACAUGCUGCGGCUGAAGAACGCCAGCUGCGAGGACACCAUAUACCUACAGAAAUCGGUCGUGGUAACGCUCCCCUUGGCAGCUUCCAACUGCUGCUUUGACCCACUUCUCUAUUUCUUCUCAGGGGGCAACUUUCGGAAGAGGCUUACCACGUUUAGGAAGGCUUCUUCCUCCAGCUUAACGCAAGCCUUCAGGAAAAAGUUCUCCAUAAAAGAGAAAGAUGAGGAACCCUUUGGAGAAAGCCAUAGGGACAAUGGAAAGGCAGCCGUGGCCCCUUCAUAAGGGGGCUAGACCUUCCCCUGAGAUCUCAGAUGGGCAAUGGAGAUCUCGGAACUCUUCCAGAAGACAUGAUGGAGACUUCCAAGCCUUUGUCACAAUUAGAUAUGUAAUAAUAACAGUAGACGGUCCCUGAUUUAUGCUCCUUGGUGGUGCUGCCGCCGCCAGGGAUGGCCAGCCCCUUCCCCGGGAGCACUGCUUGGACAUGCACAGCCACUUAGCACGUUUCUGGCAGCACCAGAAACCUGUUGAUCUGAUGAUAAACUCACCCAAACAAACUCAGGCAUUUGCUUCACUUCACAACUCUACAAAGAGAAUUAAUUCUCCAACUCAGUGGGAAAUGUAAACACAACAUUUGCUGUACGUGGCGCUCGGGGAGCUACUGACAAAUAAAGAGGGCAGAGUUUUCACUGAAUCUUCAAACAGCCGCUAAAUGAUUUGCACAGCAGAGGCCAGGAUAAUUCCUGCCCUGCUCCCAGCUGCUUCUGCUUUGGAUUUCAGUUUUCAGCCUAAUUAUGUGUGUGAGACUUGCAGCGUUGGUACCUGGGUCUGCAAAUCCAGGAACUUGGGCUUGAGCCCCUCUCCCAGCCCGAACGAGCAGCUCUUCGGACACGCUCUCGUGGGCAGCAGAUCUGCCAGCAUUUUCUGAGUUUCUAGAAAAAUCUUGUCUGUGGGAGUGGUGGUAUCCUCACGUGCAUUUGAAACUUAUUUCAAUGGGGCUGGUCCUGUAAGUGACGGCUGAUC